UGUUUUUGUUAAAAAGGGGAAAAAGUUUUGAGGGUUUUAGAAUGACGUCAUCCUGCGGAACCGGGAAUCGGAUCUCAGCGAACCGAAUAACAGGAAGCUGUCCGGUUUAGUUUCCGGUUCAAUUUUCGAAAGAACUUUACUCACUGCCUCCGUUACGCCGGCUGCUUUUGGCUUCUCUUUUGGUCGUCGGUGAAAUGUUGGCGAAGGUUGAGUGUGAUGUUUAGCGGUCGAAGAAUUUUGGUCCGUCUUUCUAGGCGAUCAGCGCUCCUCCAGAGAAGAACAAUUUCCGAUAACAACAAGUCAAUCACAAUCUCCAACAACGGCAAGGUUAAUUGUAAUAGUUCUAAGGAAGUUGAUAACUCUGUUGCUCUAAGUCGCCAAGAUGCCUAUAAGCAAUUGGAGAACCUUGACUUCAUGACUGCUGCCAAGAUGCUAUUUACGGAACCGCCGAAGAAGAAGAAAUUCGGGCUUGAUUUUCAUCUGGUACAGUUCUUCUUUGCUUGCUUGCCUUCACUUGCUGUUUAUUUGGUGGCUCAGUAUGCUCGCUAUGAAAUUCGAAGAAUGGAGGCGGAAGCUGAAGUGAAAAAGAAAGCUGAUGAAGAGGCAAAAGCAAAAGAAUUGGAAUUGAUGGCUGAGGAGGAAAAACAACAAGGGACUAAUCCACAACUUUCCGAGGUGAAAGCAAGACUAGAUAAGUUAGAGGAGACCUUAAAAGAAAUUGUAGUCGAGUCCAAGAAACAAUCAGGUGAUGUUGCAGACAAACCAAUUGACAAUGCUGUCAAAGAACCUGCAACAACCAAGCCAGGGACUCAUGACACUCAGGAAAAGACAAAUCCCUCUAGUGAAGGGGAAACUCGAGCAAAAUCAGUCUUGCCUGAUCAAAAGCAGAUAAAAAGUGAUGGUUCCUCCCCUGACGUGAACCAAUGAUAUCAGUAGCAUAUAUUAUUUCGCGCAGUCAAGUCUUUUGAAGAGUCUGAAAUGCAUAAUUUUGCAAAAUAGGGAAAAGUCACUGCUUCAUUUUAUUAUUUUUCAAAUCAAUGUGUAUUAGAAGAUAAUUGGGAGAUGUAGCAUUUGUAAGGAUUGCUUGCUGCCAUGUUGCAGGUUUUCUAAGCGGAAAAGUUAAUUUUGGAGAAUACAUUUGACAAUA